AUGUUGAAGAAACUAUACGCGUGGUGGGUGCAGAAGAGCCAGAGAGAUCUACUUCUGGAAGCUAUUGGUGAUGCGCGGCUAUUCGAGGAAUGGGAAGCGGUUGCGUAUAAGCUCGAUGAAGUGCUCGACUACGACAUGUGGCGACAAACCGCCAUAAGCAAAGACUACGACCAUCGCCUUAUCCAUCAACGUCUCUCCGCCAUCUAUGAAGCUCAAGAGGACAAUGACAUCCUUGGGCUCAUCAACCUUCUUCGCAGCGGGCUCGUACGCAAUCUCGGCAACAUAACAGCGCCGAACCUGUACAAUCGCGCAUACGCCGGCACGAAGCUAUUGAUCGAAGACUAUGUCACGCAAGUCGCAUACGCCAUCGAGAACCUCACCCAAUACCCUACGUCGCGAAACUCGGAUACUGGCUUAACGAACCAGGCAAAAUUGGAUGUUCUCCAUGACACGAGGCAAGCGUUUGGUAGAUCUGUGUUGGUGCUGCAGGGUGGACAGGUCUUCGGCAUGUGUCAUCUUGGUGUAGUAAAAGCGCUCCAUCUGCGUGGGUUACUACCUAGAAUCAUAGCUGGGACUGCUACGGGUGCUUUGAUAGCGGCACUGGUGGGUGUGCAUACCGAAGAUGAGCUAUUGGAAUUCCUGACAGGCAACACGAUUGACUUGACAGCAUUCACAAACCGUCCCUACAGGAAGGGCGCUGGAGGAACCGCUUGGAUAGGCACACUGAUACGCCGCUUGAGGCGAUGGUGGAAAGAAGGGCACUUUCUUGAUGUUGGAGUCUUGGAAGAUGUCCUGAGGGCAAAUGUGGGAGACUUGACGUUUGAAGAGGCUUAUACGAGGACGAAAAGAGUGCUGAAUAUCACCGUAACAACAGCUAGUGGUGGAGGAAUACCGAACCUUCUGAACUACCUAACCGCUCCUAAUGUCCUUGUCUGGUCUGCAGCUCUUGCCUCCAACGCCACAGCCUCCUCAACUCUCUACCAUUCCGUAACAAUGAUGUGCAAGGACGAUGAAGGCAAUAUUGUUCCUUGGUCUCCAGCUUCAAAAACCACUUUCCGUCCCUACACACACGCCUUGUACCGAGACCGCGAGUCUCCCCUUCAUCGCAUCGGCGAGCUCUUCAACGUAAACCACUUCAUCGUCUCGCAAGCCCGGCCCUACCUCGCACCUUUCCUACGCUCAGACUCACAUCAUCCCAACCCCAAACAAGAUGGCCGCUGGCGACUGAGCAUGCCGAUCCUGCGUCUCGUAGUUCUAGAGAUUCAGCAUAGGUUGCAACAACUCGAUGAGCUGGGUCUACUGCCCCCUUCCAUCCGUCGUUUCCUCUUGGACGAAAACAUUCCAGGCCCAAGUCUCACGCUGGUGCCUGAACUUACACCAAGCGACUUCUUCAAGCUGCUCGAGAAUCCGACGAAAGAGGCGAUUGACUAUUGGAUAUUGAAGGGAGAACGGAGUGUUUGGCCGGCAGUCACAGCGCUCAAGAUCAGGUGUGCGAUUGAGGUGGAGUUGGAUAGGGGAUACCAGCUUGUGAGGAGGAGGAAGCCUUUUGAUCCUGUUCCACCAGGUGGAGGUUUAAAGAAGAGCGGGAGCAGAGGGGAUGUACAGACUGCUUACGGGUCCGAGGAUGAUGGAAGAGUAAGGGAAAAAAGACAAAGAGCGAGGGCUGCGAGCUUUGGGGGAAACGGCAACAUCACAUGGCACCCAUCGCUCUCGCGCGACGAGCGCAACACAUACCGCAAGCAGAAGGGCUUCACCAUCUGGUUCACCGGACUAUCUGCAUCUGGCAAGUCGACCAUUGCGACAGCACUGGAGCAGCAUCUCCUCCAUCUUGGAUUCGCGGCAUACCGUCUUGAUGGCGACAAUGUCCGAUUCGGACUGAACAAGGACCUUGGGUUCAGCGAGAAGGACCGAAACGAGAACAUUCGAAGAAUUGCUGAGGUCGCAAAGCUCUUCGCUGACUCGUCCACAAUCGCCAUCACAUCCUUCAUCUCUCCCUUCAAAGCCGACCGCAAGCAGGCGCGCGAACUGCACGCUGUAACCACCGGCUCAGACUCUCCCUUGGCUUUUGUCGAGGUCUUCGUCGACUUGCCGCUCGAAGUCGCUGAGGCGCGUGACCCCAAGGGUCUGUACAAGAUGGCAAGGGAAGGCAAGAUCCCGGAAUUCACAGGUAUCAGCUCGCCCUACGAGGCACCUGAGAACGCCGAGAUUCACAUCAGGAGUGACCAGAAGAGUGUUGAGGACAGCGUCAAGGAGAUUGUUGAGUACUUGCAGAGCAAGGGCUUAUUGGAGCUCCAGAAGUAG